AAAGUGUGGAGCAACGAAGGCAAGAUAUAAACAUCGGUGAGAUGAGCAUAGCCGCUAGGUCUCUGUUCUGGGUUGUCUCAUUUGGCACCCUGGGCUACGGCCUCUUCACAUUUGUUAAACCUGAUGAUGAACUCCUCCAAAAGAUUGAUAAUUCCUCUAAACACACCGAUUCACGGAAGGCAGCCAAGGAUACUAUAUCAGUUCUAAAAGCAGCUAUAAACCAGGAGUCAGAUAUCAGUAAGAAAGUGGAUGAACUUUUGAAGAAAGGAAAAUGAGUGACAAAAAUGCUGUUUUAGAAAGGCUUAGCAGGCGAGAUGCACAGCGGUUAGAAAAGUUACAGAAGGCUCACAAAGCUAGGGAGGAAGUUGAAGCGACAUCUGAGACUGAAGAUUACUUUUCGGGGGCAUUCAAAAUAAGAUCUGAAAAUGUAGAGCAACUGUUAACACAAGUACCGAGCUUGGAAAUGGACAUUUUAGCCCAGCACUUUGACAUUGUCAAGCGUGAAAUCAAUGAAUUACAAAAGUUUGUUGUCACUUCAUCAUUCUUCCUCAAGGAGUUUAACAUGAGAAAGUAUUUAGGUAUCGUACAGAACUUGCAAACAAAAUGCUAUGAACUCGAAGAUACAUUUGUCCCGCGGAAGAAAUUUGGAUUCACAAGAAAGAAGCUGCCAAAAUCUCACAGUCAGAAGCAACAUUCAAUAGAUGAAAGUGAUAGCAGCGGCAAAAUUGACAGUAACAAAUGGGACGAGAAGUUGUUCGGUUUUGAUUCUAAAGAGGACAAAGUUUUGUCAUUAGAGAAUGUUGAUUUGUUUCAAAGGGAUGUAGCUUUACGUAACUUGAAAAACUGCACCGUGAGUUUGAAAGGAGUGAUGGGAACUUUACAUAUAACAAACUUGGACAACUGUAUUGUGCUCUCUGGCCCUGUGACGUCAUCAGUUUUUGUAGAGAAAUGCACCAAUUGUAAAAUAGUGACCGCCUGCCAACAGCUUAGAAUGCACAGCUCUUUGAAGUGUGACAUAUACUUACAUGUAACCAGUAAAGGGAUCGUCGAAGACUGUUUGGACAUACGCACUGCUCCUUAUAACUUGACAUAUGAUGAUUUAGAUAAGCAUUUUAAUAUGUCCAUGUUAGAUAGAAAUUCCAAUAAUUGGGAUUGCUUGGAUGAUUUUAAUUGGCUGGCUCCCGAUAUUCCUUCUCCUAAUUGGUCAAUUCUGGAUGUUACUCAACGUGUAACCAAUUGGGAUGAGUGGUGGUCGAAAACACCGUUAUAAUAUUUUUAGGUAGUCCCGUUUCAACAUUCUAUAGAAUUUGGAUUAAGUGCCUCACUUAGACUGGAAUAAUAAAUAAUAAAGCAGACAUUUGUACUAACAUUGAAAAAAUGCUAUAAUUUUUUGAAACUUUCUUUACUGGAAUCUGCAUAUAAUCAUUUUUGAAUAUUUAUCUCAUUUUGUUAAAUAUUUUUGUUUUAAAACAUUAACAGAUUAAAAUAAUAUGCAAAUUAUCAGUGUAGUUGACUGAAAAAUAGAUGCUUUUAUUAGAUUUAAUAAUACUAUUUAUGAAUAAACACAUAACAAA